UUUGUACCAAUUCCGUAGAUAGGGGUGUACUGGUAUUGAUCAUUAUUUAAAGGAAGCUUACCACACCAUCCCAAGGGCAGUAUUUUUUCAAAACAGCAAAACAUGGUGUAGAUUUUCAAGUAUAUGCAUGCUACUUGUUCCUUGUUCGUAAAAAUACACGAAUUUAAAGUAAUAGGGAUUGCUCCUUCCCUUGGCCUUCCGAUGGUAUUGUCAGUAAUGGAUGCUGUUCUCUGGAGCUCUCUCUCAGUGUAAGGAUGAGUGAACUGAAGGACUGCCCCGCGCUCAAAUACUACGACUUCAAGCCAGUUGAGCAUGGCAGAGUGUGCCCACGUUACACGGCAGUGCUGGGCCGCUCUGAUGACGAUGGCAUCGGCAUUGAGGAGCUGGACACCCUGCAGCUGGAGCUCGAGACGCUGCUGUCCUCAGCAAGCCGUCGCCUCCGAGCUUUGGAAGAGCAGAGACAGAUCCUCACAGACUGGCAGGACAAGAAAGGUGACAAGCGCUUCCUGAAGCUGGGGAAGGAGGCUGACCUCUCCGCUACACCACGCCACUCAAAGCCCAAGAAGCCAAAAGUUGAUGGAAAAGGUGGCCAUGGACCAGGGCCCGGUCCUGGACGGCCCAAAUCCAAGAACCUGCAACCCAAGAUCUCAGAAUACGAAUUUAAUGAGGAUCCACAGGACAUGCCUCGCAAUCCAAAGAAUGAUGCUCCCAACAGGUUCUGGGCCUCUGUGGAGCCAUACUGUGCUGACAUCACCAAUGAGGAGAUAAGAGUUCUGGAGGAGCUGUUGAAACCCCCAGAGGAUGAGGCAGAGUACUACAAGGUGCCAGCCCUGGGAAAACACUAUUCACAACGCUGGGCUCAGGAAGACCUACUGGAGGAGCAAAGGGAUGGAGCCAGAGCCAAUGACAAGAAGAAGGGCAUCAUGGGACCUCUAUCAGAGCUGGAUGCCAAGGAUGUAGAUGCGUUACUUAAGAAGUCAGAGUCCCAGCACGACCCCCCUGAAGAUGGCUGCCCCUUUGGUCCUCUCACACAGCGGCUGCUUCAGGCUCUUGUAGAGGAGAACAUCAUCUCUCCCAUGGAAGACUCCCCAAUCCCAGACGUCCCGGUGAAGGACUCUGCAAAUGACGGUGCAAGCACAUCCCCCCGUAGCCAGGGCAAAGCUUUCAGUGUGCCCCACACACGGUCUUUGGAAGCACGAAUCAAGGAGGAGCUGGUGUCUCAGGGGCUGCUGGACACUGAGGACCGGCCGGGGACUGGGGGCGACUCAGAGGAUGAGGUCCUGGCCGAACUGCACAAACGACAGGCAGAACUGAAGGCCCUGAGUGCACAUAACCGCGCCCGCAAACAGGAGCUACUCCGACUGGCAAGGGAGGAGACACGGAAACAGGAACUGAGGCAGCGGGUUCGAGUCUCCGACAACGAGGUCAUGGAAGCUUUCCGCCGCAUCAUGGCUGCCCGACAGAAGAAGCGCACACCCACCAAGAAGGAGAAGGAUCAGGCCUGGAAGGCCCUGAAGGAGAGGGACAGCAUUCUGAAACUGCUGGAUGGAUAGAUAGAGGCGAGGGAGGGUAAGGAGUGGAGAUAGCGAAGGAAGGGUGCGUUGUAAUAGUGGGAACAAUUGGUAGAGAGGGGUGGGUGAAGGCCGCAUCCUUACAAAGGAGGGAGAGAUCCAGUUGGAUUGGGUGAAUGUUCCAGUCAUUUAAAUCACAGUGUGGUUUGGGUGUUAAUCCAUUCUAUGCCAGCUGACAUUAUCAUGUGCACAGCUUGAUGUCAGCCACUUCAUUACAUGACCACUUAGCAUUAGUCACCAAUGUAAAUAAGUCAGACUUGCUGUAGAUUUAUAGCUAUUUAAACUGAGAGCAAAACAUCUGUAGAGAUUUUAGAAAAGGUGGAUAUGUAUGCCUUUAUGACUGGAAAUGUUUCACCAGCUGUGUUUAAAGGCACUGACAUUAACCCUUGUAUUGAAGAACAGAAUGAAGCAGGACUGUGUGUGUGUACGUGUGUAAUUCAUGUCGGGGUCAGGUGUUACUGUGAACCUGUGACAACUUAAGUUUAACUCCAUUGCCAUCUUUUUUGUAAUAUUGUCAAUUUUAUACAUAUUUGUUUGUGUAUGAAAACAAACUGUAGAUGUUUGAAUAAACAGUUCUUUGUAUGAA